UUGCGCUUUAUUCUCCGGCACAUUUCGGAUCAAGAAAGGUUUUAGAGAGGUCUUUGUUUAGACGUUAGAAAAAACAAGUAUUUUGUAUGAACACCAACGUAAAAAAAAAAAAAAAAAAAACCCUGAAAAACAGCCAGAGAAACAAGAAGAGACUCCACAGAAUACGAAUGAGACUAAAAUUGUUUUCAUUUUUAUACGAGUGGUUGAGAAAAACAAAUUAAGGCUGCGGGUUAUCCGAGACUUCCUUUGUAUACAAACAUUGCAAAACUGGGUCUAGCGACCUUAAGGUGGAAUCGCGGAGUUAUCUCGGAAUUCUUCUGCGUUGCAUCAGGGAUGACGAUCGUGAUCAUGGAGAGAGCUAAUUAAAAAAGGGGACUCUCUCCUUUUUCAUCUUUAGCGCUAACAUGAUUGGAAAAGGUUUUCUUUUUAGAGAAAGGCAGCCCAUGGAAUUGGGAGGAAAAGGGCAACUCUGUACUAGCUGCCGAGGGUUUAACAACAGAGCAGCCCGGGGUUACUUAGAGGAAAACCCUAGAUCCUGAUUUAAAUCCCCUUUUAAUUGAUUAUACAAAAAGUUACAUAGAAUCUAGGGACAUGGAGACAGUGGGGAAAUUCGAGUUCAGCAGGAAAGAUUUAAUAGGACACGGCGCGUUUGCUGUGGUCUUUAAGGGGAGACACAAAGAGAAGCCAGACUGGGAAGUAGCUGUCAAAUGCAUAAACAAGAAAAACUUGGCAAAAUCCCAGACUCUGUUAGGCAAGGAGAUAAAGAUUUUAAAGGAGCUGAAACAUGAAAAUAUUGUUGCAUUAUAUGAUUUCCAGGAAAUGGCUAGCUGUGUCUAUCUGGUGAUGGAGUACUGCAAUGGAGGAGACCUUGCUGACUACCUACACUCUAAGGGUACCCUGAGCGAGGACACUAUCCGUCUGUUCCUGCAUCAGAUCGCAGGUGCCAUGAAGGUGUUACAGAGCAAGGGGAUCAUCCACCGGGACCUGAAACCACAGAACAUCCUGCUGUCCCAUUCCGGGGGGCGCAAAUCCAACCCUGGGAACACCUGCAUCAAGAUCGCUGACUUUGGGUUUGCCAGGUACCUGCAGACCAAUAUGAUGGCGGCUACGCUGUGCGGUUCUCCUAUGUACAUGGCUCCUGAAGUGAUAAUGUCCCAGACCUAUGAUGCAAAGGCUGAUCUGUGGAGCAUAGGAACCAUAGUGUUCCAGUGUCUGACCGGGAAGGCCCCCUUUCAGGCUAGUAGCCCUCAGGAUCUCCGGCUGUUCUAUGAGAAAAACAAGAACCUGACUCCCAACAUCCCCCGGGAGACUUCCACCCACUUGCGCCACCUACUGUCGGGGCUGUUGAAGCGCAAUCACAAAGAUCGCAUGGACUUUGAUGAGUUUUUCCGACAUCCAUUCCUGGAAGUGAGCUCAUCCAUGAAGAAAUCUGCCCCAGUGCCAAUGCCUUCAUACCCAAGCUCAGGGUCUGCCAGCUCCUGCAGCAGCUCGUCCACCUCUCACCUCGCCUCUCCUCCUCAGUCCGUGGCAGAGAUGCAGCAGCUGCGAGCCAAGACUCUGGCUUCUCCUACCCAGGAUUGCCCGGGUUUCCUACACGGGCUAAAGGACUCGGCGGGCAGCAGCAAGGACUCUUCUUGCGACAUGGACGACUUCGUCAUGGUGCCCGUGCAGUUCUCCAGUGAUAUCACCAGCGAGGCCACAGGAGAAAAACCAGUGCUGGACAGCCUCAUGUGCAGUGGGAGUUCUCUGUUGGCCUCUGCUGGACUGGGGAGUCAGGGCAAGACACCGUCCCCGUCUCCUUCCUUCAGCAACUCUCCAAGUCCCUCAGGGUAAGAAACUCUGGCUGCGCUGUGGUGUGUGGAGCAGUGCUUCCCAACUCUGAGCUUCAGGGCCUUUGCAAAGCCUUCCUUCUUUCAGGAUAUUUCAAUUGACAGCAGCCAAGCACUGUCCUAAUAGUCAACUGACAAGGCAUU